AUGAAUCGGAACCCUUUGCGGAUUUUGCUUCUUGCAGUGCUGUGCUCGUUUGCGCGAAAUGAAACGAUCAAUCCAGCUAUCGCUGAUGAGCAGCUGCUCUGGGUCGGUGGUCAAAUUGGAGAAGUUCACACCUACAGAAUUCCCCUACUGACCUUCACUACUCAGGGAAGUCUGCUGGCUUUUGCAGAGGCCCGGAAACUGUCCUUCAAAGACACCGGAGCCAAGUUCAUCGCUUUGAGACGCUCCACAGACAGAGGAGUCACCUGGUCUCCCACCUCAUUCAUAGUGGACGAUGGUUCUCUAGCAGAUGGGUUGACUCUAGGUUCGGUUGUUGUGGAUGAAGAGACUGGUGCUGUGAUACUCAUCUAUGCUCUGUGUUUCCACCAUUACCACUGCAAGCCCUCCAGCACCAUGAUGGUGCAGAGUCUGGAUGACGGGUUCACCUGGAGCGCCCCACGAAACCUUAACCCUCAACUGGGGCUCAUGAGUUUUGCUCCUGGACCUGGCUUCGGUAUACAGAAACGUCAUCCGCCUGCUGUUGGGCGUCUGGUGGUGUGUGGCCAUGGCAGCAUCACUGGAGACGGGGUCUUUUGCAUCCUGAGUGAUGAUCAUGGAAACACAUGGAGAUAUGGAGCUGAACUGAAGAGCAUUCCCUACAACCAGCGUAAAAACAACCUUGACUUUGACCCAGACGAGUGUCAGCCAGUGGAGCUGGAUGACGGCAGCAUCGUGAUUAAUGUGCGCAACGAUAAACACUAUCACUGCCGCUGUCGCAUGGUUGCACGCAGUCUGGAUGGAGGAGAGUCUCUGCCGGUGGAGGAGCUGGUGUUUGAUCGCACACUGGAGGAUUCUGCGGUUGCAGCUGGAGCUUUAGAGAAGGAAGGAGUGCUUUACUUCACCAACCCAGCCAACGCUAAUAGCAGAGUGAACCUCACCCUUCGCUGGUCUCUGAAUCGCGGUAAAUCAUGGGUGAAAGAUACUCUGAAGAUCUGGGCUGGGCCAAGUGGAUACUCUUGUAUGACGUCACUUAAAGGCAAUGAAACUGAGGAUCAUAAAUACAUCUAUGUCAUCUUUGAGAAAGGCCAAAAGGACUAUUUUGAGUCCAUCUCCUGUGUGAAAAUUGACCUGUACAGCAACCAGUGAAUAAAGUCACCGAUGGGCUGAUUCACUUUAGAAAAAAAAGAAGCUUGAUCAAGUUGCUCAAUUUUGAAAAUCAAUAUUUAAGUGAAGAUUGUUUUUUAUUAAUUGGUCAAAUUAAUUGUCUGCCUUAUCGCCAUAUUUUUUUUAAAUAAUUUUGAAAU